GAAUCGGCGGCGCGUCGUCACCUGCGCCCGUCUGCGCCAGGCCCGCAGCGAGGAGCUGGGGCCAAGGGUCGUCAGCAUUGCGAAGCAUGGGUGGGCCGCUGCCAGGAGCGUUCCAUUUUUACCCGUCGGGUCACAAUCUGGAACGGACCCAAGACACUGGCCGUCAGGAUGCAGCUGUCUGGGCAGCGUCCACCGCCCAAGUCCCACCCAACCCCACCGGUCUUUCGCAUUCAAGACAUCUCCAAACGCUUUCGGCCCCUGAACUCUUAACCCUCCGCUUCUUUCGUCCCGUUCCAAGUGUUACUUCCACAUUCUGUCCGUUAUUGUUCUAACCAUAUCUAAUCCGUUCCAAAGAAUCGUUCGCAUCGUUCCAUCAUGGGGAGAUUCGGCGCCUUGUUUAAGAAGUCGGAGAAGGAGAAACCGGAGUCGAACCCCUACGCUCAGCAGCAGCAGCAGCCUGGUGCCCAAUCUCCCGCCCAGUCCUCCCCCCCUCCGCAGUACGAUCAGUAUACCCAGUACAACAACUCUCAAUACAAUGAAAACCAGUACGCCUCGCAGCGUCCUCAAGGCCAACCGUCCGGCUUGCCAGCCGGUCCCCGCCCCGGCGGUCUUGCGGGCAGAGUAGCCCCCGGGCAGUCGUUUGGGAACGACAAGUCCCCCCCUCCACCGCAGUACUCGCCCCAGCCUUCCCAGUAUUCUGCCUAUGGCGGUGGAUCGCCCUCACUUGGCUCCGCGGCAGGGACCCCCGUCCUCCCCUCCAACACCUCGAGCCCGUCGAUAGGUACCGGGUUCGAACCUGCGCCAUCGCCGUAUGGCGAUUCUAUGGGCCCCCCUCAGCAGCAUCAGGGGGGUUACGGGGGGCUGGGAGAUACCAGCGGCGGCGGCUUGUUCGACAACUAUAAACCUCCGUCGAAGGAGUCGUUCAGCCCGGUUCCGGGGCAGACCGAGGCCCCAUAUGGUUCUCAAGAACCAUAUGUCGACAGGAGCCAGAUGACAGAGGAAGAGAGGGAGGAGGCCGACGUGCAAGUAGUAAAAGACCAGAUCAAUGACCUCCGUCGUCAGGAUAAAGCUGCAAGUAACCGGAUCCUUAUGGCGGUAGAGCAGUCCGUUGCAAUGUCAGCGAACAAUCUCCAGACGGCCCAGGAUCAAGGUGACCGCCUUGCCGGUGCGCAUAAGAACCUCACGAAGUCAGGAACAAGCGUUGUGAUUGCUGGCCAGAACGCCGCCCAUCUCGAACGGCUGAAUCGCUCUUUCCUCCGUCCCACGGGAGGAAAAGCCCGACUGGCACAAAUGGAUCACACAAUUGACGUUGCUGAGAGACGUGGAGAGGCUCAGAUACAGCAAACAAACCAGGAGCUCUACGAGAGCAGAGCCGCACAAGAAGCAGGGCCUCCGCGGUUGCUAGGCUCCAACAAGCCUAAAGUUCGCAGCGACCUCCUCUUUGAAGACUUCGAUGGGGAGCAGGAAAAGGACGAAGAGGAAAUUGAGGGAAAUCUCUGGCAGGCCAGCCAGCUUCUGAAGCAAACCGCUCAAAAUAGCGUUGCGCUGAACCGCGAGGUUGACUUCCAGAACAAGAUGAUCAAUCAAAUGACUGACCAGGCCGAUACUGUGCACGACCAACUUAGGAAGGAAAAGAGGAGACUGGAUCAUAUGAUCCGGAAGUGAUGUUAUCACAUGGGGCGGCAUGUUGGUACUCGAGCGUUUCUGUUUCCAUCCCACUGUUAGAACUUUCGGCUUAGCUUGGGUUGGUUUGUUAGAAGUAGUUAAAAGCGUAGUAAACAAGAUUAAUGUUGUGUUAGAUGUACGUUUUUCCAACGGAAUGAAGUAUCCGAGUGUUCCGUGUCGUUAAGGUGCUUAUGGAAACAUGUUCGUCAGGGAGGAGGAU